CAAAGAAUUUCAUUGCUCUCUUGAACAGUAACAAGACAGUGCACACACGUGAGACAAGUGACAAAGCGCGUGAUAACGAAUUAGUGAGAUUUUUAUGUGAUAAUUUGUGAUAGAAUAUGAAUCUUUCGUUUGCUGGUUGCGGAUUCCUCGGCAUUUACCACGUCGGAGUGGCAUGUUGUUUUCGCAAAUAUGCCCCCCAUUUACUGCUAAACAAAAUAUCCGGGGCCUCCGCGGGGGCCAUCGCCGCCUGCUGUCUCCUCCUAGACCUACCAUUAGGUGAAACGACCAGUGAUGUGCUUCGGGUGGCAACAGAGGCUCGAAGACGGUCUUUGGGUCCGUUCAACCCCUCGUUCAACAUACACAAUCUCCUGUUGGAAGGAUUAGAAAAAUUCCUCCCUGACGAUGCUCAUAUCCGUGUCAGUGGUAAACUUCACAUUUCACUGACACGUGUCCACGAUGGAAAAAAUGUCAUUGUUUCGCAAUUCGAUAGUCGGGAAGAACUCAUCCAGGCCCUUCUUGCCUCCGCGUUCAUUCCGAUUUUUUCCGGAAUUAUUCCACCGAAAUUCAAGGGGGUGCGAUACAUGGAUGGGGGGUACAGCGAUAAUUUACCGACCCUUGAUGAAAACACUAUUACCGUUAGUCCCUUUUGUGGGGAAAGUGAUAUCUGUCCCAGAGAUGAUAGUUCACAGUUGUUUCAUAUUAACAUAGCUAAUACUAGUAUAGAGUUGUCGAAACACAAUAUUUAUAGAAUUAUGCGGAUUUUGUUUCCGCCCAAACCGGAAGUUUUGUCAAAUAUGUGCAAACAGGGAUUUGACGAUGCUCUCAGAUUUUUGCACAGGAAUAAUCUUAUCAAUUGCACGAGGUGUUUGGCCGUUCAGUCCACUUUUGUCGUCUCGGAUACCUUGGAGGAGAACUUGGAGUACGACCCUCAGUGCAAGGAGUGCAAGCAACACAGACAAGAAGCGCUUGUCUCCAACAUGCCCGACACCGUUUUGAGUAUAUUCCAAGAGGCGAUAGAUUCGGCCAACAACGGUUUACUUAAUUGGGUGUUCAAACACCGGGGCAUGAAACUGUUAUCCGUUCUUAGUCUUCCAUAUACAUUGCCUGCGGACAUGGUGUAUGCCACAUUUACCAAAUUAGGCGUAAUUCCCGCUGUUAAAAAGGCCCCCAUGGUAAUCUCUCGAACUGUAACAGAUUAUAAUUUUAUGAGUGCCGUUGGUAGCCAUUUUGAGACUAGGUCUUUCCGGUUUCGUAGCUUGAGGAAUCCUAUGAUCGAAGCUAAUGCCUUAAUGCCUUGUUCUGCAUGUUCUCAUUUAAAUAACGAAAAGAGGUUAAUGGCUGCAGCUCCUCAAGUAGGCAACACAGUCUGGGACGUUAGUAAAUAUUUCAUGGAUCAACUAUCACAUAUUCUCAAUAGAGUCAAUAAAAAACGGGAACAACUCAGUGCGAAAAUUAUUUGCCAAUUGGACGUAACUGAAUAUGGAGGAAGUGAUGUUGAAGCUUGUCAGGAUGCAUUGUCCACUAAAAAUAAAAUGAACUUGAACUUUACUCUCAACAUAGAUGAUAGCGAUCUACCUUUGGCUCAAAGUCCAGGCCGCAAAUUUACCACGACUAAAAUCCUCCAAAGAAAACCUAGUCUUACAAUAAAUAGAACCGAUACCGGAGAUGACGACACUUUCGAGCACAUUUUGCAAGUAACGUCCCAUCAUGAAACCAUCAUGGCUUACUAUUAUUUGGAUGAAAAUAAUAAAGUUAAAGUCACGGAAAUUUUCGACGUUACUGAAAGCGAUUCCCCAAUCGUGCAAACCUCGCAUGAGAAAGAAUUCAAUAAAGGUUUGGAGUUUGAUGAUGAUUGGGAUGAAUCUACUUGGACCACCACUCACGCUCUCGAUGAUCACAUGUAUCUAGACGAGAGGAGGAAGAGUUUGGCUGAAAUGUCCGAGUAUUCGCUUGAAGAUCUUUUGGAUAGAGACACCUCGAACUUGUUUUCCGACCCAGAAAGUGAGUGGACUGGAACUUACAAAAUUGAAGAACCGGAAGAUGAAGAUGUGAUACCAACAGCCGAUCUGCGACCGGAAUCAGACCAACCAAGUUAUUUAAGGACCACUACGAUACCCUCUUUUACAUUCCACGAAGAGUCAUAAGUUAUUAUUAAUCUUUGAGUUAGGUAUAUUAAAAAUCGUCAUUUUGGUAUAACCAAAAAUGUGAUAUUGUAUAAAGAAAUGAUAUUUAUUAAGUAUUAUAUGACCAUAUUACGACUAUUUAUAAUAACUUAUGAUAGUUUUUAGUUGUAUAAAAAGUGUAAGUAUUGUUAUUAGUUAAGGUAAUCUUUUAUAUUGUUCAGAAUAAAAACGGUUGUACAUC